GGAGUAAGAAAACGAGAGAGAAGGUUCGGCAAAGGAGCCUCCUGCUACCAGUGACGCGUAAAACAGCUCUGCUAAGCAAAACCCCAUAACAAAAUCUCUCUCGUUCUUCCUCUUUUUACCCUUCCUCUUUUCUGUCCGAAUACUUCAUCGCCCAAUGGUUCCACCGCCGUCAACGCCGCCACCCAACCCUCAACAAAUCCAGCAAUUCCUCUCCUCCGUCCUCUCCCAGCGCGGCCCUUCCUCCCUCCCUUACACCGAAGACACCAAAUGGCUAAUCCGCCAACACCUCCUUUCCGUCACCUCCCACUACCCUUCCCUCGAACCCAAAACCGCCACUUUCACUCACAACGACGGCCGAUCCGUCAACCUUCUCCAAGCCGACGGCACCAUCCCCAUGCCUUUCCAGGGCAUCACUUACAACAUCCCGAUCAUAAUCUGGCUCAUGGAAUCUUACCCUCGUCACCCACCGGUUGUCUACGUGAAUCCCACGCGCGACAUGAUCAUUAAACGCCCGCAUCCUCACGUUACUCCGUCCGGGUUAGUUUCGAUCCCUUAUUUGCAAAAUUGGAUUUAUCCAAGUUCUAAUCUCGUCGAUUUAGUCCUUAAUUUAAGCUCUGCGUUUGCUCGUGAUCCCCCGCUUUAUUCUCAACGUCGUCCCAAUCCGAGCCCUAAUCCGAGCCCCAACCCUUCCAUUAAUUCCUCCAUGACGUCUAGUUACGGGCAGCACCCGCCACCGCCCAGGGUGGCGGCGGCUGCCGCAGGGUAUCCGCCUUCGCCUUAUGGGAGGGUACAGCUGCCGCAAUCUCCUGCUCCGCAGACGGAGGAUGCAUCAGAGGUUUAUAAAAGGAAUGCGGUGAAUAAGUUGGUGGAGAUGGUUCAUGGGGAUAUAAUUGGAAUGAGAAAAGCAAGGGAAGUUGAAGUGGAAGGGUUGUUUUCUGCUCAAGCGGUGUUAAGAAGGAGAGAGGAAGAGAUUAAUAAAGGGUUGAAAGAGAUGCAAGACGAAAAAGAAGGGUUAGAACAGCAGUUACAGGUUGUUUUGAUGAAUACGGAUGUGUUGGACAGUUGGGUUAGAGAUAACGAAGGGAAAAGGAAGAACUUAGGGAUGACUAAUGUGAAUGUUGAUGAGGCAUUUCAUUGUGCUGACGUGCUUUCCAAGCAGAUGUUGGAUUGCACAUCUGCAGAUUUAGCUAUUGAGGAUGUGGUUUAUUCAUUGGAUAAGGCAGUGCAAGAUGGGGCUGUGCCGUUUGAUCAGUAUUUGAGGAAUGUGAGGUUGUUGUCAAGGGAGCAGUUCUUUCAUAGGGCUACUGCAGCGAAAGUUAGGGCAGUUCAAAUGCAGGCUCAGGUUGCUAGUAUGGCUGCUAGAGCGCCACAUUAUGCCACAUGACUGGUUAUUGUUUUGUAUUUGGAUUUGUCUAUGAAAGGAUCUGUUGUUGGAGAUUAGCUUCUAGUUAAAAUUUAUAUUAUCAUGAUAUAGCUUCAUUUUUAGUUUACAUGAUGAAAUUUAUGUUUCUUUGUAUCGAUAUGUAUUAUUCAAAGUGGGAAAAAUAGCAUUAUAAUCUGAAUAAUGUGCUCCUGUAAUUCAUAUGUCCACACUUAUUUUUGGGUUAUUACCCCUUUUCUCUUUUUAUAAUAAAUUUGCGUCCUUCAGCACAGCUGCAUCA